CAUGUGACCGGGGUGAGGAGGAGCCGCCCCGUCCCGGUGCCGGUGCCGGUGCCAUGGGGCCCUGGGCGCUGGCGCUGCUGCUCGGAGCGCUCCGGGCCGGCGCAGCCCCGGCUCCGGCCCGCAAUGUGCUGCUGUUCCUGGCCGAUGACGGGGGCUUUGAGAGCGGCGCCUACAACAACUCGGCCAUCCGGACGCCCAACCUGGACGCGCUGGCCCGGCGUGGUGUGGUCUUCCAGAAUGCCUUCACCUCCGUCAGCAGCUGCUCCCCGAGCCGGGCCAGCAUCCUGACCGGCUUACCGCAGCACCAGAAUGGGAUGUACGGGCUGCACCAGGACGUGCACCACUUCAAUUCCUUCGACGGCGUGCGGAGCCUGCCCCACCUGCUCAGCCAAGCAGGUGUCCGGACAGGGAUAAUUGGGAAGAAGCAUGUUGGGCCAGAGGCUGUGUACCCCUUCGACUUUGCCUACACGGAAGAGAACAGUUCGGUCUUGCAGGUUGGGAGAAACAUCACCCGGAUCAAAGCGCUUGUCAGGCGGUUCCUGCAGAGCCAGGACGACAGGCCUUUCUUCCUCUACGUCGCCUUCCAUGACCCCCAUCGCUGCGGGCACUCCCAGCCCCAGUACGGGGCCUUUUGUGAGAAAUUUGGUAACGGAGAGAGUGGGAUGGGCUGGAUCCCUGACUGGAAGCCACAGAUUUACCACCCGGAGCAAGUGCAGGUCCCCCCCUUUGUUCCCGACACGCCGGCUGCCCGGGCGGACCUGGCUGCCCAGUACACAACCAUCGGGCGCAUGGACCAAGGGAUUGGGCUGGUCCUGCAGGAGCUGCGCCGUGCCGGCUUCCUCAACAGCACCCUGGUGAUCUACACCUCUGACAAUGGCAUCCCCUUCCCCAGCGGCAGGACCAACCUCUACCGCUCGGGCACCGCCGAGCCGCUGCUCAUCUCGUCCCCCGAGCACCCCCAGCGCUGGGGGCAGGUCAGCCAGGCCUUCGCCACCCUCCUGGAUCUGACACCGACCAUUUUGGACUGGUUCUCCAUCCCCUACCCCUCUUACAGCAUCUUUGGCACAAAGCAGGUGCAGCUCACUGGAAAGUCUCUCCUGCCAGCACUGGAGUCAGAGCAGUCCUGGGCCACCGCCUUCAGCAGCCAGAGCCACCACGAGGUGACCAUGUACUACCCCAUGCGAGCCAUCCAGCACCGGCAGUUCCGCCUCAUCCACAACCUCAACUACAAGAUGCCCUUUCCCAUCGACCAGGACUUUUAUGUCUCGCCCACUUUCCAAGACCUGCUCAACCGCACCAGGGCCGGGCAGCCAACCCACUGGAACAAGACCCUGCACCAGUACUACUACCGAGACCGCUGGGAGCUCUUCGACUGCAGCCGCGACCCCACCGAGAGCCAGAACCUGGCCCCCGACCCCCGCUACGCCCACGUCUUCCAGCUGCUCCGCACGCAGCUCCUCAAGUGGCAGUGGGACACGGGGGACCCCUGGGUGUGUGCCCCUGACGCUGUCCUGGAGGAGAAACUGAGCCCCCAGUGCCGGCCGCUGCACAACGAGCUGUGAGCGUCCCCUGUGCUGCUGUCCCCGCUGCUCUGGGACAGCCCUGUGCUCCCAGCGGGCACGAGGGGGUGCAGCUUCUGGAGGACAGGGCUCCAUUCCUGCCUGGAGCUGAGCACGUCCCUGCAGCUUGGAGCCAGCAGGACAUCAGGCCAAGGGGCUCUGUGGUGCAGCCAGGAGGCCCCCCAAUGCUCUGGGAAAUGGGGUGAAGCCUGCAAGGGGCACAGACAGCCCUGCUGGAGACCCCCAGGCAGGGAGGGAACCAGCACGUCCAGCCAGGGGCAGGGGGCUGAGCCACAGUUCAGUGCCAGCAGUGGCAGAGGGGACACAGGCACGGCCUGGGGCUGCUCCCAGCAAACAGCAGCUUUAUUCACAGCACUGCUCCCUCACCCCCCUGCAGAUCCCACUCCCCAAAACCACAGCCAGGAGACUCUCCACAGGCCCCCCAGAGGCUACCAGUCCCCCCCAGAAACAGGUUUGCUGUCUCACAAG